GUGUCACGUGCCAAAACAGGAAGUACCUGACUAGCUGCUGCUGGCAAGCUAAACAAAAGCAAUGCAGAUACGACUGUCUUAGCUCAUGAAAAGUGUAUCCGUGUCACAUUAAUGUUGAUGCCUCCAGACUGUGUAAAAAAACGAAUGUUACCAACAUGGAAAGAGCUGUCAGACUCGUCAUUUUCUCGGUCAUUUUCUUGGCAUCGCAGAUAAACUGCCAAGAGGCGAUCUUGCACAUUUCAAAUGGAGGUACAGAUAGGGAGUACUGCAUUGUCCACAAUCACUCCUGGACCCCCCUGUCACAAACCCUUGAUGCUGCUGUGCAGUAUCCACUGAUGAACAUGACCUCCACUCUGCUAUGUAAUGGCUCAGGGGUCAGUCCGGAUUUGGUAAAGGGCAAAGCGCUGCUGGUGAUGAGGGGGGACUGUGAGUUCAGCCAGAAAGCUCUGGUGGCACAGAGCCUCGGCGCUACAACUUUGCUCAUUGCCAGCAACAAAAAUUUGAUCACUCCGUCAGCCAAUGACUCAGAGUAUGCAAAGGUCCAUAUUUCCCUGGCGCUCAUGAGGUACAGGGACUUCCUGGAAGCUCAGAAGGUGUUUGGUGAAGGAAUGCAGGUGAAGCUUUAUGCUCCACCUCAGUCAAAGAUUGAUCCAAGCAUUGCAGUCAUGCUGCUGAUUUCCAUCGUCACAGUCGCCUUAGGCGGCUACUGGAGUGGGGCGUGUGAGAGGGACCGGUUGACUAGUGGUGGAGCAGGGGGAGGAGGGGGAGGAGGGGGAGAGAACAAAGUGGACAGCGGAGAGCUUUUCCUGUACUCUCCUCUGAAGGUGGUUUUCUUUGUCGCCCUGAUGUGUGGGAUGUUGGUCCUCAUGUACUACUUCUACAACGUCCUUGUUUACGUCAUUAUUGCUAUAUUCUGCCUGGCAUCUGCCUCCGCACUGUUCAGCUGUCUAGAUGCGGUGAUGGAACUAAUUGGUUGUGGCACUGUGAGCUUCUCUAUCCGAAAUUGGAACUUCUCAGUGAGGUCUCUCAUACUGGCUGCUGUGUGCAUUAGUGUUGCUGUGGUCUGGGGAGUGUACAGGAAUGAAGACAGAUGGAUCUGGAUCUUGCAGGACCUGCUUGGCAUCGCUUUCUGCCUCAACUUCAUGAAGACCAUUUCACUGUCCAACUUCAAGAUCUGUGUGAUUCUGCUGAGCCUCCUGCUUGUGUAUGACGUCUUCUUCGUUUUCAUCACUCCUUUCUUCACCAAGAAUGGAGUUAGCAUCAUGGUGCAGGUCGCCCUGGGCCCGGAUGCAUCUGGAGAGAAGACGCAAGGUAACAUGGUGGAGGUCCCUGCUGAACCCCAGACUCCCUCUGAGAAACUGCCAGUUGUGAUGCGUGUCCCUCGGUUCUCAGCUUGGGCUCAGAACCUGUGUGGGAUGCAGUUCUCCAUUCUGGGUUAUGGAGAUAUCAUUGUUCCAGGUCUCCUGGUUGCCUACUGCAGCAGGUUUGAUGUUUGGAUCAACAGCAGCAAAAAGAUCUACUUCGUCAGCUGCUGCAUAGCCUAUCUGCUGGGAAUGAUAGCCACGUUUGCUGUGAUGCUGCUGUCAGGGAUGGGCCAGCCUGCCCUGCUCUACCUGGUGCCCUUUACCCUGAUAAUCUCCGCCGUGGUGGCUGGGUGCAGGGGAGAGAUGAGGCAGUUCUGGGCAGGAACCACCUAUGAGGUCUUGGACUCCUCCAGGGAACCUUUGCUGCCAGAGGGAAGAACUGACUGCUCCGUAGAAGGAGAAAAAUGCUGACUUACAAGGUUGAGAAUGGACUCAUAUGCUGGAUGCUUUUUUUUUUUUUUUUUUUUACAUUUUAAUAUUACAUUUGCAAAGCAAGGGAACACAAUGUUAUUAUUGAUCAACAGAUUCUUAAGAGUAUGGGUUCAUCUGACUGCUGUGAAUGGCUAAUAAAUACUGUGUUUGUGGAACAGAGAUGUUUUAAGUGAUUGAAAGGCUUGUUUAGUGCCUGAAAGGUCUGUUAGAUUCAUGUUCAGAAAUCUGUAAUGACUUUACCCUGGUGAUGAUUGCAUACAACAAAAUGAGAAAGCACUUUAUAAUAUUUAGCUUGACAGUUAUUUCAUUAGGGGUGGGGUGGGGGUACAAAUUACUUGUAGCCACAAAAUGAUACAUUUUUGAUAACUGUUUUGGGUUUUCUCUGUAACCUGUUUGUAUGAUGUGAUUUCUUUAAUUGCCUUAUAUUAAAUGAAACAGCUUCUAUUUAA